UUUCGGAGGGGACCCACCUUCGGAUUCUGGAGGGACCAAUUUUGUACUAAUCCAACAUGCAUCAGUCCACUAGAGGAGAGGGACUCGAAUCUUCCAAUCUCCAGUCUCCCUACAAAGGAUUCAGAAUCAUGGCUCUCAUCAAGUUUCAAUCUGCCAUUUCAGCUCCCAGUGAUUGAGAGAGAGAAAAAGGAUGGAGGCAAUUGCAAAAGUAUCAUCGAUAUUCAUCUACCCAAUCAAGUCAUGCCGUGGCAUCUCUGUUUCUCAUGCUCCAGUCACUCCUACAGGAUUUCGAUGGGAUCGAAACUGGUUGGUUGUGAAUUACAAAGGGAGGGCAUAUACCCAGAGAGUUGAACCAAAACUUGCUCUGGUUGAGGUAGGACUGCCACGUGAGGCAUUUUUGGAUGGUUGGGAACCUGCUGAAACCUCCUAUAAUAUGGUAAUAAAGGCUCCUGGGAUGGGCGUGCUCAAUGUACCACUGGCAAAGCCACAAGCAGUAGCAGAUGGUGUCUCGGUAUGGGAAUGGUCUGGCUCUGCAUUGGAUGAGGGAGCUGAAGCUGCAAAAUGGUUCUCAGAUUAUCUUGGGAAACCCAGUCGACUAGUGCGUUUUAAUGCAGCAUCAGAAACUAGGCCAGUGGAUCCUGAUUAUGCUCCAGGAUACAAGACUAUGUUUGCUGACCUUUUUCCAUACAUGCUAAUAUCUCAGGGAUCACUGGAUGCACUAAAUAAGCUUCUCAAGGAGCCUGUUCCAAUUAACCGUUUUAGACCCAAUAUCCUUGUUGAAGGCUGUGAGCCAUUUUCUGAGGACUUAUGGAAAGAAAUUAGGAUAAAUAAGUUCACAUUUCAAGGUGUGAAACUGUGCUCCCGCUGUAAGGUUCCUACAAUUAAUCAAUCUAAUGGGGUGGCAGAUAAGGAGCCAAAUGAAACUCUAAUGAAAAUCCGCUCGGACAAAGUUUUGCGUCCACAUAAGAAACAGCAGGGAAAGAUCUACUUCGGACAGAACAUGGUUUGGAAAGACAAUCUUAAUGGAGGAAGAGGGAACAUUAUUAAUGUGGGAGAUCCUGUUGUUGUUGUGAGGAAAGUCUCUUCUGCUGCUGAAGCUGCUGCCUAAACAUUGAUCUAAAAUAGUUUAUCUUAUCUAAUAUAAGUUGCAGAAAAUAAGAUCUUGUCUUGUAUAAGCACAGAUCGUACAGUUGAUUAGGUAAAUCCGCUGAUGCUUGCCUUGCUUUAUUGAUAGUAAUGGGGUUGGAGGUAGGGUUACUCAUGGAGGGGCAAAGUUUUAAACUGUUCUAUAAUUAUUGUAGUUAAUGAAGAUUAUAAAAAAUAAAGCGUAUAAAUAAGUUGGCUUUUAUCAAAUGAUAAUUAAUAUUUUAUUGUA